AUGGAUAGGCUUUUGCCGUCUGGAGAGUCUCCAAAAGCAAAUAUGCUUGGCAGUAAAAGCAAGUUUACUCCUCAAGAAGAUGAAAGACUGAGAUAUUUUGUUGAAAAAGCUGUACCAAAAUUAACCUGGAAAGAGAUUUCCAUCUUAAUGAGAACCCGUUCCCCUCGACAAUGUAGGGAAAGAUACCAAAAUUAUUUAAGCUCGAAAGUUAGCCAUAAUGACUUCUCUAAUGAUGAAGAUCAGCAAAUCCUUAGACUUUUUAAUGAACAUGGAAAGAAAUGGAAUAUAAUAGCACAAUAUUUACCUGGAAGGACAGGUAAUGCUGUUAGAAAUAGAUGGCAAUGGCUUGUCAAAAAACAAAAAAUAAAUGUAAGUGAUGCGUCUUCACCAAUAAUGCACGCAAUUGACAUUAGAUCGGCCCCUAGUAAUUCCACUAUACCUGCAACAAGUCAGCCUCAAAACUCUAACUUCAAGACGUACGAAGAAUUUUUCUACAACUUUGGACUGUUUAAUCAAGGAAAAAAUUCGGCUAUUUUUGAAAACGACGAAGACCAGGGUAUAUUUGUAUCUUGA